GCUGCAGGGGACUGAGAAAGAGCCUGCCACGUUGACUGUGCCCUGUGCUGCUCCUUAUAGGUGCGUUAUGGUGUUAAAUUGUUGGUUGUAUAUUUCUCCUGUGUAGUUAGGAUGGACUGCAUUAGUUGAGUAGCCUAAUAUGAAGAUAAACUAAUUAUUUACAGUGCACUUUUAUUUUAUUUUAUGAAGAAAUGCUUCUAUUUACAUGUAAACUGGAGGGUUAGAAACCUAGUAAAAGUAUUACAUUUAAUUUCAGGUGCUAUACAUUUUAUUUAUUGACUUUUGUUGUAUUUACUGAUUUAAAUACAUUUGUAGCUUCUGUAUUUUUUUAUGUUUACAUAUUUUAUUUAUAACUGUAUUUUGUUAUAUGUGCGGACGCACAAAACACACAUAGAAAAAGCAUGGACAGCGUGUGCACUGGGGACUGAGAAAGAGCCUGCCACUGAGUGUGUGUGUGUGUGUGUUGACUGUGCCCUGUGCUGCUCCUUAUAGGAAAAUAAAUGUGCAGAUCCUGAUUCCUGGUCUGAGUGGUGUCUUUCAAUCUACGAGCAACCAUUCUACAGCUGCUACACAUUAACCCUCCUUUACUGUGACAUGCCCAUCGGCCGAAAAUAUUUCCGAAGAUCCAUCAGGUUCGAGAAUUUGACUGCAGUCAGACACGAACGGCUGAGAAGCAGCAACGUCUGUCAGAAGAAGAAAGAAAGUCGCUGUGGACGAGUUUAACAGGGAACCACAAUGACAGCACGUGAUCUUUGGAACACUCUGGAGGACCUGACAAAUGAUCAGUUCAAGCAGUUCCAGUGGUUCCUGAAGCAGGAUGGCAUCCCUAUAGGGUUCUCCGCCAUCGCAGUGGCCCGGCUGGAGGGGGCAGACAGACAAGACACGGUGGAUCUGAUGAUGCAAAAAUAUGGCUGCCCUGGAGCUCUGGAAAUAACCAUGAAGAUUUUAGGGGAGAUCAGCAGGAAUGAUCUGAAGCAGUGUUUGUUAGAGAUCAGCUCAAGACAGAAAGACCCCAAGGGCCAUGACGGUGUUCCUCUCAAUAGUGAUUAUGGAAGAAAGAUGGCCAAGCUGGGGGAGACAAUGGCUAAAAUUAAGCUGAUGAUCCAGGAGAGACAGAUGAAGAUCUCGGAAAUCAGUCGCUCAGCAGAGUUCAGCAGUAAAUCUGCAGAAAAACAUAUUGCAGACAGUGUGCAGGCCUUUGCGGUUUUGCAGCAGUCUGUCGAGAGAAGUCUGGCUAAUCUCAUCGAGGCAAUAGAAGGAAAGCGGGAAGCAACACAGAAACAGGCUGCAGGAUUCAUCCAAGAGCUGGAGAAGGAAAUCUCUGUGCUGACAAAGAGGAGCUCUGAGGUGGAGCAGCUCUCACGCACCGCAGACCACCCUGACUUCCUGCAAAGCUUCUCGUGCCUGAACACUAUUCCACCCACGGAGAACUGGAUAGAAGUCAGCGUCACUCCGCCAUCAUAUGGGGGAAGUGUCGGGACCGCUGUGAAUCAGUUGGAGGAUAUAUUCAGCGAAGAGAAGGAGAAACUGUUUGCUAAGGCCAAGCUGAAAAGGGUCCAACAGUUUGCAAAGGAUGUGACUCUAGAUCCUGAUACAGCAAAUGCCAGCCUCAUCUUAUCGUACGAUAGGAAACAAGUUUACUGUGGUGACACAACACAAAAACUCCCAGACAACCCAGAAAGAUAUAAUCCUGCUAUAAACGUCUUAGGAAAGCAGAGUUUCUCUUCAGGGAGGUUUUACUACGAGGUUCAGGUGAAAGGGAAGACUUCCUGGGAUUUAGGUGUCGUCAAAGAGUCGAUCAACAAGAAGGAGUUGAUCUCUGCAAUACCCGAGAAUGGCUACUGGACUAUAUGUUUAAGGGAAGGAGAUAAGUACGAAGCUUCUGCUGUCUAUCUCAGUGUAAAAAAUCAGCCAAAGAAGGUGGGCGUGUUUGUGGAUUAUGAGAAGGGUUCAGUCUCCUUUUAUGAUGUAGAUUCUGCAGACCUUAUCCACAGCUUUACUGACUGUUCCUUCACUGAGAAACUCUACCCAUUCUUUAGUCCCGGUCGUCAUUAUGAUGGUAAAAACUCCACCCCUCUGAUCAUCUCGCCUGUCAAUUACACCGAUUAGAUUUGAUCAAUCAUCCACUCAAAACUGAUUCUGCAACUCAAGAAACAUCACAAAUCAGAGUAAUCUGCAAUUGUGAUGUUAGUGAUUAAACAAGUGAUAAAACAAAUGAUGUUAUACAACAAUGUAGGACACUGGUUCCCAACCUGGGGGUCCUGACCUCCACCAGUGGUCGCCAAAGCUUCACAGGGGGGUCACAUACACAUGCUCUUAUGUCCACAAAAACAGAGGUUAUAAACUAAGAAGUCUGUUAAAUGUUUUGCAUUAAUAACCCUGUAACAUCUGGCCACCUUCACAUUAUCAUGUGUUAUGAAAGAAAUAAACUUUGACAGAGAGGCUCAGGCGCUCAUCUACAUAGUGUCACUCGUUAUGCGCACAAGCGCGUACGCACUCCCACACAUGUUAUACAUCCACUAAACCAGAGGUUAUAAACUCAAAUACACAGCAGGAAAUCUGUUAAAUGUUUUGUGUUAAUAAACUUAUAACAUGGGGCCACUUUCACCGGUUACACAACUAAUUAAAGGAUAAACAACAUCUUAAAGCAACAUCAAGAACCGGUAUGUAAUUACAACCAUAUGCUCGCUCAUCCAGAAACGUAGCCACAAUUACAAACGUGCAAAUAAUAAUCCCACUCACAGUGUAGCCUACUACAAAGAGAUGUUAUAUCAAGGUGCAUGAGUGGAUUUAUGAAGUCACCACUAGAACAGCUGGAGUCUCCGACUGUGAGUGCAGAAUCUCCUCAACACAACUUCUUUCCAUUCGUUUUGCAAUUUUCGAGUAAGAUCAUGCCCAUUGGCUGGUCGUACAAUGCAGAUAUGGAAGUUGUUUUUAAUCGGCUAAAGAUGGGGGUGUUUUAUAGGCUAGUACAAUAAAAAAUUACUUCCAUUACCAAACUGUACGACUUGAUUUUACUUUUAGCUGUAAAAGUAUUUCAGUUUAGUUAUUCAGCUGAGGGGGCACAGUGACCUUUUUUGGACGGACCUGGACCCCCAAGGUAUGCCCCUAACGCCCAAACUGUAAAUGUACUGAAACAAAUGUAUAUGUGACACAAAAAGACAAUUUAUUAUUUUGGCUGGUAAAAAAAUUGGCCGGUGGGGUUUAUUCAUCCACCAGUCCCCAUGACCGGUGAGUCAAAACGAUAAUUUCGGACACUGCAGUUUGCCUAUGAAAACUAUGGAAUUGUUAUUUUAUUAUAUUAUUUAUAUAUUAUUAUUCAAGAUGAAGAAGAAGACAGAAGAAAACAUAACCCCUCCAUUUCUACACUGCACGCUGUCAAAUAAAGGCAAAAAUGCCCAUUCAAGAAAAGCCUGUCAAGAACAUGUUGGAGAAUGUGACUGAUAAAACAGAAUU